AUCAGUGUGUUUUAGUCAUCCGAUUCCAAGUGACGUUUUGUAUUUCUCGAGAGGCAGAUUAUUUUAAAUCCGAACAGAAUGAAGUCCAGCCCAUCCGCCCUGACUGUGUGCUGCCUGGUCCUGGCCGUGACCGUGACCAUCGCUGGAGCCGCCCAAACCCUGUACCACCCGGGUCAGCAACAGACGGCCCAACUCCGCAGCAUCUACGACAGCCUGCCCGAGCUGGGCCAGUCGUCCGAGUCGUUCCUGCAGUACUGCGAAGCCGUCAUCCAUGCCCUCGAGAGUGAACUGCCCCGCAAGUCCGUCUUCCGGUCGCUCUUCAUCGACAAGGCCCGGCUCUCGUCCGGGUACGACAAGCACAUCAAGUUCACCUACUACGACAUCCUCAAGAACCAGAUCAACGAUCAGCCGUAAAAGGGCCGGACGCAUGGAAUGAUAAAUAAAGACCGAUUUUUUCUUUACACAAA